AUGCCAAAACGAGCAUGCGACGGCUGCAGUAUCCGAAAGAUUCGAUGCGACGGCGUGCAGCCAUGCCGAGCUUGCUCCAAGGCUGGUUUACCCUGCACCUUCCUUAAAGCCUUAAGAAAAGGCGGUCCCCGAAAACCGACUGCCCGGACGAUCGAAGCUAUAAAACGUACGCAGGAGGAGUAUACAAGGGAUCUCGACGCCCCCGACGGCCUUCAAAUAAAUCCUCCUUCCGUGGCUGGACCGGUGGACGAUGAAACGGAACCUGAAUCUACAGAGCAGACACCAUUGGGAUCACCAUUGCGUUCAUUUCAGAAUAUAGGUGCAGGGUACCUAAGUGGAAUCAAUAGUAUCCCAAGUCUUGGUCCAAGCUUUACGUACCUUGAAGCGGAACAAGAUGGCAUUGGCCUCGGACAGGGACUCUCGAGCGUUACGAAAUACCCUACAUCCGUUCUAGCGAUCUACCUCGAAAUCUAUCAUCAUCGGUUGUAUCCCGUCUGGCCUAUAUUGAAAUGGGAACCGCUGUUGGUGGAACUAGAAGCGCGGCCGGAUGACCCUGAGAUAUAUGCACUUGCAACUGCCCUGGCAUCAGCUGUCAUGGGCCAGUUGCAGCUUCCACAAUGGACACAGCAGUAUUCGGAUCCCGAAACACGGAUGACGAAGACGAUUAUUAUCAGCAGUGAGCAUUUUGCGGCAGAGGCCUUGCGGGCUAGGAGGCUGUUUGAGUGGAGGGAGCGUUCGGGAAUCUAUGCCAUUCUCACCAGCCUUUUCUUUCAUGUUUACUACGAAAACCUGGGGAAGGUAUCUGCAUCGUCGUUGUCUUUACGAGAAGCAAUCACCUUUGUGCAGAUUAUGAACUUGGAUAGGGAGAGUGCCUACCACUUGCUAUCGCCAGAGGAUGCAGAGCUACGAAGAAGGCUGUUUUGGCUGUUAUUCGUAACGGAAAGAGGGCAUUCGAUUGUGCACGACCUUCCUUUCGUAUUGAAUAAGACAAUUAAACUGCCUUCACCUGAUAUCGACAAAGAGCCACUCCUAGCAAGCUUCAUGAACUUAGCUAGUCUAUUCGCAAACUUCGACAAAUCCGUCAUCGAUGCUUGGACAUCUCGGGAUACAGAUGAAGCACCGACGUUAGAGCGGCUACUCCAACUUCAAAGUAACCUAAAACGUGUUCACCCCCACAAAACGCAUACAAAUGAAGUACAGAAGGCAGAUGUGCUGGUUACAAAACAUUGGAUGAGGACGUUGGUGUGGCAAGUCAGUAUGCAGCAGGGGUUCUUAGCCGGUUCGACCGGAAAGGACGAUGAAGCUAUGACUUUGUCUUUUCCGUUAAAAAUUGCAGAAGAGUUGUUAUCUACGUUAUCACAUAUUUCGCGUGGUGCCAUUGAAUCGCAUGGCCCAGGAAUGCAAUCGAAACUUUUUGAGAUAACAAAUUCACUAGCGGAUGUUAUCCUUUGCGUCCCAAAUAUCAAGUCGCUCCAACCCACCACUACCGCCCUCACAUCCUGGGCACCCACUCCAGUUGAUUACCUCAAAAGCCUCGUUGACCUUCUCCAUUUCAGAACAUCUUCCAACCCUCAACUGUUAAGAAUCAUCCUAACGAAAACCUCAUCAAUACUAUCACCACCAGACCCGAUGCGAGACCAAAGAUUAAUGGAAAUACCAAGUUCUACACGACCGUCUCCAGAAUCACCGCCCUCUAACGAAAGCACACCCACACCAAUUAUUGAUGAGACGGUUAUGAUGCCAAUGUCAACUACCCCCAUCGAAGACACGACAAAUAUUGAUUCAACAGGGUUGCUCGCCGCAGUACCCACUUCGCUUGACCCCGAUUCCGCCAUUGGGCUCAUUUAUCCACCUAUCGACAUGAUGGAAUAUACAACAGCGGCAGCCAGUCCAACAACCCCCACCGUAGGACCGAUAGGGUCAAACCUGAACAGUCCCGUCGUGACACCACCUACAGCAACUACAAAUCCCAUUCUUGGACAGCGGUAUUUCCCAGCAACAUAUGGUACACAAGAAAUUUUAACGUCACCACCUCCAGGGCUCGAGAUCCCUUGGAUGGUAGCAGGUGAUGUCGGUGAAUGGGGAACGGGUGACGACUUGCCUGGCUACGCUUCUAAUCUAAGUAGCGCCGGAAGAAGUGAAGGUCAGCGGGUACGGAAUUGGAUGAACGGCGUUCACAUCUCGUCUACUAACUCGCCCACUCAAUGA